UUGGCUGUUCUGCUUCUUGAAAUAAAUUUUGUUAGUUCUAUUUGUGACUACGCCGAAGUUAAUAGCGGAAUUGCGGAUCUCUUAAGACAAUUCGUACCUAUUUUGCGAAUUAUACCUUGUUCACGCUACUUAAGUACUGUGUUUUGUUUUCUGUGAGUGAACAUUUCAAUUAAACUUGUGAGAAUUUUUGCCAAAAAUAAUAGUAUGUGGUUUUAAUUUCACUAAUUGUUGAUUUAUAAAAGGACUGGAGCUGCUUAUGAAUAAUUAGUUUGCAUUCGUUUUCUACAUAAUUAAUUUAAUUAUAUUCAGGUGACAAGUGACUAUGGCAGAAGCCCAUUCUGCUGUUGCAUUUUCAUUCACUGUCACUCACGAAGGAUGGGAUGUGAACUUCGACAGAGAAGUACUUCACCUUAUCUGGCAGUCUGGAGUCAGAUCUUGGAAGAAACGUUUUGCGAGAGUUAAGAAUAGCAUUCAUAAUGGCGUUUAUCCAGGACAUUUGGAAAGUCUAUGGGUCGCUGUGGCCAUUGUAGUAUCCGUCCAUUUUUGUGGAUACAAAGUUCCAUAUGAUCUUGUAGAAAAGAUAUUACCUCUUUUGCCAGGGAGGACGCCUGUAUGGCAAGUGACGGGAUGCUCAAUUGCAGCCCUAAUACUUUGGUUAUGUAUAAUAUCCACCCUUCGUUAUACUCUUAAGUUGUUGUUAAUGUACAAAGGAUGGAUGUACGAGACAAGAGGGAAAGGGUCAAAAAUAUCUCUCAGUACAAAAUUGUGGUUGCUGGUUGUAAAAAUUUUUAGUGGUUAUCAUAAACCACGUUUGUACAGUUUUCAAGGGUCGCUCCCAAGACUACCUCUUCCGUCGCUGCACGAUACUAUGGCCAGGUACUUACGAAGUGUGCGACCCUUAUUGGACGAUGACAACUACCAUCGGAUGGAGCAGUUAGCGCGAGAAUUUGAAAAUGGUAUUGGUAAAAAACUCCAAUUCUAUUUGUGGUUGAAAUCCUGGUGGUCAACCAAUUAUGUUUCUGACUGGUGGGAAGAAUACGUCUACUUACGCAGUCGAUCUCCGUUAAUGAUCAAUUCGAAUUUUUACGGAAUCGACGCCAUAUUAAUGCACCCGACAACGAAUCAGGCUGCAAGAGCUGCUUCUGCUAUUUACUCAUGUCUCAUUGUCAGACGUCUUAUUGAAAGACAAGAACUGGAACCAAUUCUUAUCCAGGGAAUCGUACCCUUAUGUUCUUCCCAGUACGAAAGAGUUUUUAAUACCACUAGACUUCCUGGUGUUGAAACGGACAAGAUUCAGCACCUCUUAGAUUCAAACCACAUCGUUGUUUAUCAUAAGGGACGAUUUUUCAAAGUUGUGAUAUACAAAGGAAGGAUAUUAAAGCCAUGUGAAAUUCAAAUACAAAUGCAACAAAUUUUGAACGAUGAAACUGAACCUCAGAAAGGUGAAGAGAAGUUAGCAGCGCUUACAGCUUCAGAAAGAACUUCCUGGGCCAAUGCCCGAAGGCAUUUCUUCAGCCGAGGAAUUAAUAAACAGUCACUAGAUUUAAUUGAAAAGGCCGCUUUUGUGGUUGCCUUGGAUGAUGAAGAUUAUGUAUAUGACCCGAAAGAUCCAAGUAAACUGGAUAAAUAUGGGAAAACACUUCUUCAUGGUAAAGGAUACGAUAGGUGGUUUGAUAAGUCUUUCACGUUAUGCAUUGGAAAGAAUGGCAGAAUUGGAUUCAAUGCAGAGCAUUCAUGGGGUGAUGCUGCUAUCAUGUCUCACAUGUGGGAGGAAGUUAUUUACGACGAUGUCCUUCAGGCGCGAUACGACGAAAAAGGAAACUGUCUUGGCACACCGGAACUUACACCACCUACCCCUUCCCGUCUUCAGUGGGAUAUUCGGUAUGAAUGUCAAGAGGCCAUUAAUAAUGCUUUAAUCACUGCCAAGAGUCUUAUUGCAGACUUAGACCUAAGAAUUUAUGUUCACGAUCAUUAUGGCAAAGGUUUUAUGAAAAAAUGUAGGGUCAGUCCAGAUGCUUAUAUCCAGAUGAGCUUACAGUUAGCAUAUUAUAGAGAUGCUGGAAAAUUCAGUUUAACAUACGAGGCUAGCAUGACUAGGCUGUUUAGGGAAGGAAGAACUGAAACUGUUCGACCUUGUUCUAUAGAAGCGGAAGCCUGGGUCAAAUCUAUGGAGAAUCCCAAGUUUACCAGCCAAGAAAGGAUCAAUCUUUUAAGAAAGGCGUGCCAGCAUCAUCAGCUGUUAUACCAGGACGCCAUGUGUGGCAAAGGUAUCGAUAGGCAUUUGUUCUGUUUGUAUGUUGUUUCAAAAUACUUGGAAGUGGACUCUCCAUUCUUGAAGGAAGUGCUUAGCGAACCAUGGAGAUUGUCGACUUCCCAGACGCCACAUGGUCAAACUAGUCGAAUGGAUUUGGAAAAGAAUCCGGAGUGCAUAUCAGCAGGAGGUGGCUUCGGACCAGUAGCGGAUGAUGGUUAUGGUGUUUCCUACAUCAUUGCUGGAGAAAAUCUUUUGUUCUUCCAUGUUUCCAAUAAGAGAAGUAGUAAACAGACGGAUUGUCAUCGUUUUGCUAGAAAUAUCGAAAAAGCUCUGGCAGAUAUGAGGAGAUUAUUUGAAGAUCAUUCGUUGGGAAAUGGCAAGGCAUAAAGUAAAACUCGUUAUACUAGUAAAUAUAUUAAUUUGUAAAAUAAUAAUAUAAAAAAAGGCUGAUGUUCCACAACCAUUUCUAAGUACAAAUGCAAAUUAAAAAUAACUAUUUAACCAAAUUUAUAAUGGCAGAUAGGUAGAUAUCGACCAUCUACUGUUAGUGCCUUAGCUUUUUCCUUUUAAAAACAUAAUGAAACAAACAUCUAUAGGAAUGUCAGCUAUGAUUCAAUACAUAGUAUAUGGAGUGGUGUUUUUAUAUGGAAAUGGAUGUUUUAUAAUUGUGACCUGCUCUACUCAAAAAUAUUUGUACAUAUCUUGACAUAUUAUUGAUAUUUAAGUGGAGGACGUUUUUAAAAAAAAAA